AUGAGGCUCUCUACUUCUACUCUUUUGAUCUCUGGCCUGGCUGCCCAGCAGGUCACUGCUACCUGGGACCGCUAUGCUCCCGUCUUCAAGAACCCCACCAACUGCAACAACGAGUGCACGGACAAGCAGAAGUCGGGCUACGGCUGGGGCGACCUCCCCACCGGCAACUUCGAUUCUUAUGACGACUUCAACUUCAGUGGAGGAUGGACGUGCGCCAACAGCUUCAACAAGCGUGAUGCCCUGACCAAGAGGACUUUCAACAGCAAGUGUGCGAAGACCACCGUCUCCAAGUCUAGUCCCGCGUCCUUCUCCUGCAGCAAGUCCACCGGUUUCUCUGUGGACGAGCUGCAAGUGUCUGUCGAGUUCGACUGCAAUCUCGAGUUCCACUACGGUAUGGAGGACGGCUCCACCUGCAAGCAGGUAUCGCCCUGCCAAAAGGAGGGUACCACUGUCAAGAACACCCAGUGUGGUGGUGCCAAAACCGUCCAAGUCUACCUCGGCGACCAUGGCGAGCAGGGCAAGGACAGCUGCGAGAUCGGUCUUCAUUACAUUGGCUUCAACUGCGACUCUCACUCUAGUUCAUCGGUUUCGAGCUCUGCUUCUGUCCCUGGCACUCCUGAGUCCUCUGCUACUGUUCCAGUAGGACCUACCACUACCCCCAGCAUUCCUGAGUCUAGCUCCACAGUCGUUGUUGCUACUACAUCUGCAGCCUGUGUCCCCGGAACAUACGGAUGCGGCUCAAGCUCUGCUUCAGUCCCGGGUACCCCCGAGUCGAGCUCUGCUUCUAUCCCAGGCACUCCUGAGUCCAGCUCUGCUUCUGUUCCCGGCACCCCCCAAUCAUUCUCGGCCACUGCUCCCGUGGAGACUACUACUCCCCCUAGUAUUCCUGAGUCCAGCUCUACGGUCGUCGUUGCUACCACAUCCGUGCCCUGUGUCCCGGGUGCGUAUGGUUGCCAGGCUAGCUCCGCUUCGGUCCCAGGCACUCCUGAGUCUAGCGCUGCUUCGGUCCCAGGUACGCCCGAGUCCAGUGCUGCCUCUGUUCCAGGUACUCCCGAGUCUAGCGCUGCUUCGGUCCCAGGUACGCCCGAGUCCACUUCUACCUCCACUCCUUCAGCGGUUCCCACCAGCAGCUGCCCUGGCGUCUUGCCCAAGUGCAUGAACACCUGGAUCACUACCAAGUCUCAGUGCAAGGACAACACCGACUUCAGCUGCUACUGCAAGAACGCCGACUUCACCAAGAGCGUUAUCGAGUGUGUUUCCGCAUGGGGAGCCGAUUCGUCUGAAGUUCAAGCUGCUCUCUCAUACCUCGUCGGUAUCUGCGCGCCAUUUGUGCCCCAGAACCCCGGUCUUAUCACCAACUGCCCAAGCACCGUCACCCUGGGUCCAACUCCCGCCGAGACCCCGGCGUACACUGCCCCUGCUGCCCCUGCUACCACGCUUGUUGUCAUCACCUCUUUCUCGAGUGCAGUUAUCCCAGGUGCAUCCACUCUCGCCCCGGUUGCCUCAACUCCUGCCGGCUACACUGCUCCGGGCGGAACCACGAUUGUCGGCUCCUCUAUUACCUCCACGACCGUUACCCAGACCGUCGUCACAGUUCCACAAGUCGCUUUCACCACCAACACCAACUCCAUUCCUGGUGCCACUGCCACUCAGCCCGCCGUCAACCUCGCGCCUGGCACUCCCGCCGCAGUCUACGCCACCGCCACUUCAUCCUUUGGCACUAUCGUCCAGCCCUACCCCACUGGGAACGGCACGAUCACCUCCCCAUCCGUUCCCCAGUUCACCGGUGCUGCAUCUGCUCUCAGCGCCUCCCACUUCGCCGUCGGCGCCAUCGGCGCCGUCAUGGCUCUUUUCGUUCUGUAAAUGGGGGAAACAUCAUAUAAUAUCGCAUGUUGCAUUGCAUAAUACCCGCGGUGUUAUUUUUCCUUGUUGAGAGAGGGGGAAAGAGAGAAAUGGAAAAAAGUAAUGUAGUAUUACUCGGGUCGAAACGAAGCAUUGGCAGGGCGUUUUGCUUGUAAGAGUCGAGGAUUUUUGGCUUCAUGACUCUCCUUAAUAUUUUGUUGUGUGU